CAAAAAAAAACACAACCACCUCUGGAAGAUGGCAACUGAGGCUCUGCAGGAGAACGAAACUGUGGCAUCGUUGAAGGACGAGGCUGAAAGCCUGAAGUCUAAGCUCGAGGAGGAGAGGGCGAAGCUUCACGAUGUGGAACUACACCAGGUGGCUGAACGCGCGGAGGCUCUCGGCCAGUUUGUGAUGAAGACGAGACGGACCUUGAAAGGUCACGGAAACAAAGUGCUGUGCAUGGACUGGUGCCGAGACAAGAGGAGAAUUGUCAGCUCAUCACAGGAUGGAAAGGUUAUUGUGUGGGAUGCUUUCACCACAAACAAGGAACAUGCCGUGACCAUGCCUUGUACCUGGGUGAUGGCCUGUGCAUAUGCUCCAUCAGGCUGUGCUGUAGCAUGCGGGGGCUUGGACAACAAGUGCUCUGUGUACCCACUGACGUUUGAUAAAAAUGAGAGCAUGGCUGCCAAGAAGAAGUCUGUCGCGAUGCACACAAAUUACCUGUCUGCCUGCAGCUUCACUAAUUCUGACAUGCAGAUUCUGACAGCCAGUGGCGAUGGGACCUGUGCUCUCUGGGAUGUUGAGAGUGGGCAACUUCUUCAGAGCUUCCAUGGACAUGGUGCUGAUGUCCUUUGCCUGGAUCUGGCACCAUCUGAGACAGGCCACACGUUUGUGUCUGGGGGCUGUGAUAAGAAGGCAAUGGUAUGGGAUAUGCGCUCUGGCCAAUGUAUCCAGUCCUUUGAGACUCAUGAGUCUGAUAUAAAUAGUGUGAGGUAUUAUCCCAGUGGUGAUGCUUUUGUUUCUGGUUCAGACGAUGCCACAUGUCGCCUGUACGAUCUCCGUGCGGACAGAGAAGUAGCUGUUUAUUCAAAAGAUAGUAUCAUCUUUGGAGCUUCCAGUGUGGACUUUUCCCUCAGUGGCCGUCUUUUGUUUGCUGGCUACAAUGAUUACACCAUCAAUGUGUGGGAUGUACUGAAGGGAACUCGAGUGUCCAUACUAUUUGGGCACGAGAAUCGGGUCAGCACUUUGCGGGUUUCCCCUGAUGGCACUGCUUUCUGUUCAGGGUCAUGGGAUCAUACUCUGAGGAUCUGGGCUUGAAUUUGUUUCGAUUCCUCUCUCUCAUUCCAAAAGAAGAUUCAUUUCAUAGAUUUUUUUUGGAAUACACAGUAUGAUGAUUCAAUUCUUAGACUAUCUGUUUUAGGAAAACAAAUAAUGUGGGAUUGUGACCAUUUAACCUAUAGUGACUAAAAUUAUUUAAGAAUCCGAGAGGGAAAUAGAUGCUCAAACUAAUGGUGUAUUAAUGCACUAGAACACAUAAUAAAUAAAAUGUUUAGGAAUAGUUGGCCCUCUUUUCCAAAAUAUCAAUGGGAUAAAAUGUUCCCACUUUAUAAACGUUUUCCUAUAUGCAUCCGUGUGGAGAAUAAUUUCAGUUGAAUAUGAAAAUUUGCAUAACAUAAGACUUCUGUCAUCUGUCAUUUUAUGUAUUCUUGACUUUUAUUCUGUAUGAGGAAAGAAAAUGGGUUUGAGAAGACCACAUCAAAAAUGAUUAGUUCUGUUUAGAAUCCAUUCAUAGAUAGGUGUGACUAUUAAGUUGUGUUUGGUAUCUAUUUGUAAAUAGAUGUGACUCGUAAGACCCUAAAUGUACCUAAUUAGACAACAAACACAAACUCUUCAGAAAAUUGAUAAGAAGCAUAGUAUAUCUUCAAUGAUUUUUUAAAAAAAACUAAAACUAUAGGGUGUAUUAAUGGGCGGGUUGCUUCAGUGUAAAGAAUCUUAUUUCCGCUAGACCUUUCCAGAAUAUGCAUUAUGCAAUUUACAUUGUGCAAAAUAAUUGCACUACUCAUGGUGGUAGACAUUGUUUUAUUUUAAAGCUCAGCAUGUCCAUUUGUCAGCGUAAACUUUUAAUACUUGUUUGUCAGUAAAAUUAAAGUAAGAUUUAGUAGAAUAUGAAAUUGUCUACGGACAAUGGCUAUUUGUUUAUUUGCCAUAGUUGGAGGUGCAUACACAGUGAAAUGUUGUUGCUUAAUGUAAUGCGCUGUAAAUUUGAAUCAGUGUGUUCCAAUGCAGUAGAUUUAAAUGCACUAUGAAUUUUCAAAGAUCCUUCACUUGGUAAGAAGUGCAAUAUGUGUUAAAACAUAACUGGGAUAUAGGCACAAGUAAAAUAAUUUCACGAGUGUAAAGCACUUAUUUUCUGUAGGAUAAAUGCACCAUUUUUUGUUGGUAAUUGCUUUUGGUGUAUAUUGCAACAUUUGUUGUGGAAAUCUUUUGAAAUGUACCAAAAAUUAAUAAAUGGCACCUAAUAUUUUAAA